CUUCGUGUGUAAGCUGUGGUUAUCCAAAAUGUUAUUUACUCCUUUUAAGGCUUUUUGGCUUAUUAAAGCAGCUCUUCACAUCAGUGUUUAUUAUGGUGAGAGGGCUGCAGGGUCUGCAGUCCGCCAGAUUUCUUCAGCCUUAGAUCGACGUCUGCAUGGCAGCACUCAGAGCUGUGCUGCUGCCGGCCGUCUGCAGUCUGUCAUGGGGCAGCAGGACUGGUGUUGGUGUUCUCAGAGUAGCUGAUGAAGUUCUGGCCAUUUGGAAGCAUCCUGUAGCGCCGUGCAAGCGAUGUGAAAACUGAAAGAAAAACCACCCUGUGACAACCUGCUGUGAUACACGUUUGUCACGAGCUGCAGUAUUACCAGCUUGAGCAACAGUAAUGAAUGAUGAUGGUGGGCUUUCAAAUCUCACCAUUGUUGGAGUUUGCAGUCCUUUAACUUGGUUGACACUGAAACAUUGCUUCAUGAGUUCUGUUUGCUCUGGGCCUUCUUCUUGUGGCCACAGAUUUUUCAUUUUACUUUGCUCUGAGCAUCAGCCCAGUUAAACAUAAUUCUGAUAGAGCUGUGGUUUCUUGUAACUUUGGACCUGCUGACUCUGGUUGCCCUGCUUCUGGGGUUACUUUCUAAAACAUAGUAGCUGUGUAGGGUUAAGGAGCUAAGAAUUAUGUUUUGUGAUGACUGUGCUUUGUCCAUAUGCGGUGUCAGGUUGUGCUGUGGUGGUGGGAUGGGGCAGCAGCUCUGCUGGGGAGGUCUGAGCAUCAGGCAAUGUUCUGCUGGGCCGCCAGGAGGUCAGUAGCCCCAUAAGCUUAGCAGCAAUGUAUGUUAAAUUAUAAUUCUACAUACUUGAUACUUAUCCAGGGCAAUAAUUAGCGGCGGAAAAAUCAGCCCAUUGUUCAGAAAUGCCUGUAGGCAGGGGGCUGUCUUCCAUUUUAACCUCUUCUUUGAAUAAGAGCAGCAGUGGUGGAGUUGAGGUUCAGCAUACAGACUUGGACUUUUUUUCCAACACGUGGUGAACAGUAGAUGGACAGACAGAACUAUCUGCUGUGCUGUUUUUGUGAAGGGAAGAAAAAUUUGAGUUUUGAACACCCUUAAAAGCAAACUGUAACUUAAAUCUGACCCGAUCUCCAAUGCAGAAGUACAAGAAGCUGCUCUGUUGUCUUCCCACAGGAUGCAGUCAUGCAGCUCUGAGCUGCGGCACUUCUUGGUGCUCAGGGAAAGUUGUGGCUGCUUUCUUCUGGCUUCUGGAGUCUUUUCUUGAAAGAAGUGGUUGCGUUCAACCUUAGAGCAUUCAUUAUUGUGAUUGACUUCCUUGUUUACUAAGAAAGAAGCUUUGAGGCCUGAGUUUCUUUUGGACUUUUCGAUGUAAUUGUUGGUGUGGGUACGUGUGUGUUUCUGGAGAGGAGGGGGGUGAAAACACCAAAUUCUUGCAGCAGAGGGAUCUGUUUGGUGGGGCUGAGGAGGGGAUGUGCUUCUCAUCAUGCUUUGCUGCAAGGUGCUGUUAACUUCAGCUUUGCUGAUAUCUUCCCCAACACAACCCGCUUCAGCCGCGUGGAUAUUCAGUCCAGCAGGCCUAUGGAGGUCUUUGUGGUAUGAGCAAAUCUUGGAUAAGUCUGAGGUCCUGUUGGAGAAGGUCCCUUCCUGUGGUGAGUUUGACAGGAUGGCUUUUCCUCAGGUUGUUGGAACCCAUGUGCUUUCAGAAGCUGUUAUCUAUUCCAAUUGUUGAUCUGUUUUAAUAUCUGCCUGAAGACCUGCUCACUCCAGAGCAUUGCUUACACUGUACACACAUUUAGCACUUGAGACCACUUCUAGUACUUGCUGCAGAAUGUAUGUAUAACUUAUUUUCACACACCUAGUUCACUAUUUGUAUGAGUAACCUCUAUUUCAAAGGAGACCUGUAAGAAAUAAGCUAUCUAAAAAAAAUUACAUCAUCUUGGAAGCCACCUGGGAUGUCUGCUGUUAUUUCUCCAUUUAUUCAGCCUUUUCCCCUUGAAAAAACAUGGACAAACUACUUCUGCUCCAUGACUUACAGCCCACAUGUCAGCACGGGGUCAGUGGGACGGGCCCAGCAGGGAGCUGGGUGUUGUAUCCCCAGCAGGGCAGUGUGGUUUCUGCAGGGAAAUCCUCCUCCUGGGAGCAUUUCUUGGACACUGUAGCUGGAGAAGCAUCAUGACGGCCUCUCGUAGCUGUGUGGGCUCUUAGGGGAGAGGGGUUCCUGGUUCUGGUAGAAGCAGUGCUUUUCUGUUUGGGUUCGCUGUGCUGAGAAGGCACCCGUUGUACCAAGCUGAGCCCCUCUGUGGGGUGAAGGCACUCCAGCCCCAUCCGGGAGUGUGGUGGGAAAGGCUGUUAAAACUGUGUUCACAAUUAAUGGGUCCUCAGCCUGAAUGCGUAGCAACCUUUGUAUUUGGAAUAUUAGACAAUAAUUUACUUAUUUGCUGUUAAUAGCACUCUGAGGUGUGAGCCCAGCUCUGGUCUGAGGUCACCGCCUCUCGGAUGCUCGCUGUGUGGGUCGGGCUGCCUGCAGACCAGGCUGCUGUGCACACUGAGCUUCAUGGCUUUGCUGCUCGGCCUCCAGCAGAGGUCUGCAGUCCAAAACAUUAAUGAUGGAUUGGUCUGUGCACUGCGUUACGUUUCCCAGAGUGUUGGGUGAUCUUCCAGUCUCAUGGUUAGCGGUGCUUCCGUGCUGUUUUCUGGGUUGGUUGCUUUACUAAAGUCCAGGCACAAAAGCAUCAGUGAGAUCUGCUUUCUAGAGCUGAUGUUAAAAGGAAGGGGAGCUUGUUCCAAAUAGACAGUGCCAGACAGCUCUAAUAAUAUCAGUGCUGGGGAUGAAGGAGGGCAGCGCUUUGCUUUGGGAGGGUCUUGGUAAUUUCUGGAGAUGCAGGGAAGUGUUGUGUGGGCGAAAGUAAGCAUGGCUUUUGCUUCAGCUUUAUCCGUUUCUGUGAGGCCCUUAAUGAGCUUAUCAGUUUUGAGGAAGCUGUGGUGUGCAAAGAGGAUGGAACCUGCUGUACCUCUCAUUGGUUUUUGUCUGCUUCUUGAGUGUUUCAAUCAAAUCCCAGCCCUGCUCUGUGCCUUGGUGGCUGAUUGCUUCAGGUGUGUGGGGAAACUGCAGAUGGCUGUGGUGUUUCUUAGCCUGGAGUCCUGGCUGCUGGGGGAGGUCAGGUGGCUGCAGGUAGGAGUCCUGCUGUGUUCACUCUGUUCUGCUUCUUAAUGCUCUGUGUUGUCAGCAGCUGAGUUUAUUUGAACCCACUGCUUUAAGGGUGGUGAUGCUGCUGGUUUUUCUGCCUCUCUCUCCUGUCUUACUGCUCAUCUCAUUCCAAAACAGCUUGCAAAUUAAUUAGUAGUUUUCUUUUCGCUUGCUGGCUGUGUUGUGUCAGUGCCUGUGAUGCUCACACAGAUGCUGGGUUUAACUGCUCCGAUGUGGUGCUCACCUGGCCGGGCGGUUUGUAGCUGCUGGCAGAGCUGUGUUGCUCCUAGAGAGGAGUCUGCAUUGUGCUCCAUGCUGCAGUGAGACUUAGCAUCACUGAGCUGGGAGCUGCAAAGGCAGAAUCUGAGAAAAACAGAAGUAGCGGGGAGUUUGAGUUGGGGGGGGGGUUGAAGAUGUGGGGCUGCCAAAUGAGCUUUCUGUUGCUAAUUCCUUGGUGCUGUGCAGGUUGCAGUGUUGAUGGCAGUAGUCAUUUGCUUUUAAGCUGUAAUUUGAGUGUUGGUUUCACGGUGAUGUUAAAUAAUGCCCGCUCCUUAUUCCUGCUACAUGCAUCCCUUCUGUGUGCUGGUGCAGCUGUCUGCGGAAUCUGGCCGUGAGCUGAGCUGGGGAAUCCGUCUGGGUUGAAAAAUAACAGAACAGUUUUUUCUGACAGUUUCUGGUCUAGCUCAGCUGCCUGAUGUACCUGAUGCAAUGUCUGCUGUGUCGUGAGGAGCAGUGCCAUAGGUAUGGCAGCUUGGGUGGGUUGAAAGCACUUAAAUAGGGACUGAGGCUAAAAAGCAGAGUGCUUCUUGUUUUUCUGUGCCUCCUCCUGCCCUACGCUGGCUGGGGCUUCUGGGGCCUCGUGGGAGCUCACUGCUCACCUGUGCUGCUUGGGGUGGUUGUGGGAGCCUUAUGGUCAGGCUUUGUUUCUCAGCCCCUUCCCAUCCCUCUGUGUGCCUGCUGUUGCUGCAGCACAACACUGGCAGCACCAGUAGGAAAGGGGAAAUAACUGCUGUAACGCUGCUUGUAACCACGAAGCGGUUGACUGAAGGGAGGAGUUGACUUUUUGUAGGUAGGAUCAAUGUCUGGAAUCACCUCUUCCAGUCACCACGAGACACAGUGUGGGGAAAGCUGGUGUGUGGGGUGCUGGCUGUGCUCACACCCCCUGGCUCUGAGCAGCCCAUGCUGCUGCUUCCCAGUGCUCCAGCUGUGGGCAGCGGGGCCCCAGGAGCCUGGGCACACAGCAGGGGGCUGCAGUGCUGGAGGUGGGAGGGCAGUGUCUGCUGCCAUGUGCUCCGGGUAGGGGGAGCCCCAACUGGUGUUGUGUAAGAUGUGAAGACCCUCAGCUUAACCUGUGUUUCAGAAGUCCAGGCCUAGGAUAGCAACAAGAUUUGCCAGCUGUUACCAUUCUACUGAGGGUGAGACUGCUUUAGGGUCUGCUGUGAGCUGCUGCAUCUCCAGCACUUCUGGUACAGACCUGUGACGGCUGCUGCCCCGCGUCACCCGAAGCACAGCAGUGCUGCUUCACAUCCUGGGGAGCUCCUGGGGAGCUCCCAUCUCUGGGGGCUCUGCUCCUGUCCAGGGCUCUUUUUUUUUCUUUCAGGAGCAAUACGUGUCAGGGUAGAAAGAGAAGGAAUUACUUCUGCCCACUGGGGAAAUGUGGUACUAAUUAAGAAGUGCUUCUUCUAAGCCAUAGAUAUUAUUAUAUAAUGUUUGGAGUUAAAAACAAAUAUAAAUAUCAUAUUUUAAAAAAAAAAAAAAAAACAAAAAAAAAACAAAAAAAAAAAAACACAACAACCCACAGAUGCCUGCUUCCACUGAUAACGCUUCACUGCAGCCCUGAGAGGUCCGUGUUGUGCUCAGUGAUAACUUCCAGUGAACUUUCCCUGGUCUGUGUAACACAGUGUGCCGUGGCCCCGUGGGCGCUUAUCUUUGGGGAAAUAUUUUGGGUACAGAUCCAUAACAUGGUGGCAGUGCUGGAAGUGAUCUCCAGCCUGGAGAAAUACCCCAUUACCAAAGAGGCACUUGAGGAAACAAGGCUUGGGAGGCUUAUCAAUGAGGUGAGGAAGAAGACAUCCAAUGAGGAACUUGCCAAACGUGCCAAGAAAUUGUUGCGGAAUUGGCAAAAGUUGAUAGAACCUGUGACCCCGAGCGAGGCGGUGCCAAGAGGGCUGCAGAAUCCGCCCGGAUCGGCCAACGGCGGUGCUCACAACUGCAAACCAGAAGCGCCCCUUCCUGCCGUGGCUGGGUCAAAACCCAUCAGUGAAUUGAAAAGCAGGAACGAUAUCCAGAAACUGAAUUCUCCAAAACCAGAGAAAUUGGGAAAUCGGAAAAGGAAAGGUGAACAUAGGGAUGGGCAUCAGGGCCCUCCUCCCCCGAAAGUCUCCAAAGUUAGUCAUGAAAUAUUACAGAACUCUUCACCCCCUCCAACAAACGGAAUUGGAGGUAGUCCCGAGAAUUUCCCUAGUCCUGUAGAUGUAAAUCUACAUGCAGGGCCUGAAAGCAGCAGGACAGAACUUAGCGAAAACGAUAAACACAAUAAGAUCCCAGUAAAUGCUGUAAAACCUCACACCAGUUCUCCAGGACUCGUAAAACCUUCAAGCACUUCCUCCUUAUUAAAGACUGCAGUGCUUCAGCAGCAUGAUAAAUCGGAAGAAACCUCCGGGUCGCACCAACCCAAGAGUCCGCGCUGCUCCUCGUUUAGUCCCAGGAAUGUCAGGCACGACGCGUUUGCGCGGCAGCACACCACGUACUCACCAAAGGAUUCCAUGCCUAGUCCAUCUCAAAGGUCUCAGUUCUUAGACACUGCACAGGUGCCGUCACCGCCGCCAUCCUUGAUGCAACCAUCAACACCUCCGAUGCCAGCGAAAAGACUGGAGUUCUCUCAGCAGUCGGUAUCUGAGGUGUCCCAGCACUGGCAGGAGCAGCAGGCGCCUCCUGACAGCCAGCACAGGCACACAGCAGGGACGCUUCCACAGCACACGUCUCCCGGUUGCAAAACCAGCUCCCACCCGGGGGAAUCUCUCGUGUCGCACGUCGGCUUUUCGCAGGACGCUUCGAAAAUGGACAGUGAUGAUGCUGCUUCAGGUUCAGAUAGCAAAAAGAAGAAAAGGUACCGACCUAGAGACUAUACAGUCAACUUGGAUGGGCACGUGACAGAAGGGGGUGUGAAACCUGUGAGAUUAAAAGAGAGAAAGCUCACUUUUGAUCCCAUGACAGGACAGAUAAAACCUUUAACACCGAAAGAUCCUUUGCAGGUAGAAAUCCCUGCACUUACUGAACAGCACAGGACAGAAAUGGAAAAGCAGGAGCAAAAACCCAACCUGCAAAGCCCCUUUGAACAAACGAACUGGAAAGAAUUGUCCAGAAACGAAAUAAUUCAGUCAUAUUUAAACAGACAGAGUAGCUUGCUGUCUUCAUCAGGAGUACAGACUCCAGGAGCUCACUACUUUAUGUCUGAAUAUUUAAAGCAGGAGGAAAGCACUAGAAAAGAGGCUAGAAAGACUCACGUUCUAGCUCCUAACAGCAAACCUACAGACUUGCCUGGGGUCACGAGGGAGGUCACGAGUGAUGAUCUCAACAGAAUACGUGAACAUAACUGGCCAGGCGUGAACGGUUGUUAUGAUACACAGGGUAACUGGUAUGAUUGGACACAGUGCAUAUCUUUAGAUCCACACGGGGAUGAUGGUAGAUUGAACAUCCUGCCUUACGUCUGCCUAGACUGAGUACAGGUUUGCUAAGAUGCUUUUACGUUUGCAGUUAGCAAGAAUGGCAGACACUAUGCCACUUAAAGAUGGAGAAAGCCUCCUGUCCUGGACAAAUAGGCCCAACGAGCAGAGGGUGAGAGGGAGCUGCUUCUGUACAGCUCUUCCCUUUAAAUUCUCCUUUUGUGAAAUGCUGCUACCAGUUUACUAACAAUUGCAAAGGAAGGCAUACGAAGGUUGAGAAAACUGAGUUCAAAACUCUAUAGCGAGCCAGCUAUAAAAAGUGUUAGUCCCCAAAAGCGAAGAUGAUUUCCAGCACUUUCUGAAUGCCGGAAUCUGACUACAGGCAGGUACAGAGAAAAUUGUGGAAGUUACCUUAACAAAAUAUGCAUCUAUUUAUUUGACUUGAUUUGGGUUUUUAUUUGGCAGUGAGAUAUUCAAGAGACGAUGUGCAAAAACUGUAGUUUUAUUUGUAUCGCAUCUCUGAACAUGAUUGUGUUUUUAAAGUCAUGUGGUACGGAGAUUGGGUUUUAAACAGCAGGUGUUGCACUGCAGGCUGGGAGACCAGCUUCAGCUCAACAUUCCAUGGGCAUCCACAUAUUUCAGUCUGGUUUCAGUUUAAAUCCAGUCUCUGAGAAAUGCUGCAAAAACAGAUGUUUAAUGACAUUUUGAUCCCACCACCACCAGCCAAAUAUUUUUCCUCCUUUUCCCUUCCUGCAAACUUCUAGGAAAAAAAAUUAAAAAAAUCACCUUUUCUAGAACUUAAAUGUAACGAGGGUGCUACAAGUUCGUAACUGUACUGUGAGAGGGAAAAAGGAAGCCUGUUUGUAUGCUGGAAAUAUACUUGUUACCAUUCCUUUAGAUAUUGUUUGCCUUAUGGAUAUCCAUCAUAAACGCAAUUUGCAAAAACAAAGAGCCUUAGUGAAUGUACAGUACCUAGACUUCUGUGUUCCUGGGAUGCAGAAGGGAGCAACUUUGCUAUUUGGUCCUUUAAGUGGACACAUUGUGAUAUAAAUGUGGAAAUAAAAAAAAUUUGCACAAAGCAGUUUGUGAAUUAUUUAUACUGAACUAAUUUAUUUUUAAAAAUCUGCUCAAUUCAGACAAAGUAACAGAACCCAUCGGAGCCGUGCGGCGAGGCGCAGCCCAGCAGCAGUGCCAGGCGCUGCUGUCAGGGCGCAGAGAUGUCUUCCAAGUGUGUUGGUGGCGUUUGGUCACACAGGUUGGAUUGUUUUUAACUCUGGUUGCAUCCAGGGGUGAGAGACUGAUGACACAAUUACUGUUAAUGUACCUCAGAGUCUAAAAAAUUGUAGUUCAUCUUGGUAAUUUUGUAAUAUAUUAUUCCUAAUUGUUAAAAAUAUUUCUAAAGCAGCCUAAUUCAGAAUUCAGUAUAGAAAGCUCAGAAUUUCUAUUACCUGUAUUUGCUUUAACGUUUGGGACAAGCCGUUUUCUACAGUCCCCGCUGCUGGACUUCUGUCCAGGGAAGAGGGGAGGGGACACCAGGGAUACCAAAAAGGUGCUGAGGUUCAGUGCUGUUCGUUCUGUGAACUCAUCUGUGCUGAGUCUCACUGCCGUGGUAAAAGUAGAUCUGCCUUUGAGAGUGGAGUCAAAGCUCCUCACCAUCAGGGUGUGAUUUUAGAAGUGUUCCUCAUGCGUUGCUUUGGUUUAUUCCAUGGAAUGCAGCCGGUAACAUUUGGGUUGUUUUUGUCAUUCUUGUUAAAACCUGCUUUUGUGGUUUGACUGGGACUGCAAUGUGGGCAUCUCAGAAAUCUUACUGGCGUUUGUUUGCUUCUGUUUCUGAAACCCGAGGACUGCGUGAAAUCUAAAAAAAAAAAAAUGGUUACCAAAAAUGUUUCCAAGUAUAUUUUCAGUUUACUUCCAUUUUAUCCUCUGCAGUUGAUGAAAUCAGGCAGCGUUUUUUAGAGUUGCAGAAAGUUGCUGUCAGGAAGGUAGCUGUGAUGGCAGAGGGCUCAGAAGUUGCUCACGUUGGGAAAUGUUUAUUUUCUGUUUCAUGUUUAAAAAGAAAAACAUUUUAAAAAAAUGUGCAUUUUAUUCAAACCCUCCCCAACCCCUCCUCCCUCUUUCCCCAAAUGGUCCUAUUUAGGAACAGGGUCUGUGCCCUUUUGAGGCCUUUGAAUGUGGGGCAAAUUUCAGGAAAUUACGAAGUACACUUUAUAAAAACCAUCCUUUACUUUCAGUUGCUUACAUUUGUG